GCUAUCGAGAGCUUUCACCUGGAGCAUUUUCUUGGAUCUUGGUGAGAAUCUUGGCGAGAGAUAUUUUCUUUUUCUUGCAGCUUCUUGGAUCAAGACAGACUUCCAAGGCUAGUUGGACUUGGGUAUGGGAUUUCAAUGAUAAACUUUUAAAUAA